AUGGAUCGUUUCCGGAUGAUCUUCCAAUACUUCCAGUCCAACUCGGAGUCUGUAAUGAAUGGGAUCUGUGGGCUGUUAGCCCUGGCUAGUGUGAAGAUGUAUACCUGCUUUGACUUCAGCUGCCCCUGUCUGCCCCAGUACAACAUGGCAUACGGCUUGGGGAUCAUGUUCGUACCCCCCGUCAUCCUCUUCCUAUGCGGCCUCAUCCUCAACAGACAGUCCCUGGUGAUGCUGGAUGAGUGGAGGAGACCACAGGGGCACAGAAGGAAGGACCUGGCUGUCAUCAGGUACAUGUGUUCCUCCAUCGUGCAGCGAGCCAUGGUUGCCCCUGUUGUCUGGAUCAUAGUCACCCUUCUGGAUGGCAAAUGCCUGAUCUGUGCUUUCAGUGGCUCCGUGGAUCCCGAGAAGUUUGUGGGCUUUGCCAAUGUCACCUCAGUGCAGGUGGAGCAGCUCUUGGCCAAAGUGCCCUGCAAGGACGACGAACUCAUGAGGAACAACACGUCCCGCAAGGCAGUGUCCAGGUACCUGCGCUGCUGGUCCCAGGCACUUGGCUGGAGCAUUUUAUUGAUCCUUAUCGUAGCAGCUUUCCUUGCCCGCUGGCUCAGACCUUGCUUCAACCAGGCCACCCUUCUGCAGGCACGUCACUGGAGCAACUAUAUUGACAUGGAGCAAAAGAUUUUUGAGGAAACCUGCUGUGAACACAGUCGUCUCUUUGCUCACAAAUGCAUCCUCCACUUCUUUGAAAGCAUGCGGCAAGAGAUCAAACUGCACAACUUCAACUUGCCUAGGGAGGGAGAGAGGGAUGAAGGAGAGGAAGAUCUUCUCAGGGGCAUGACAGAUCAGGACCAGGUGAACAAACUUCUGAAAACAUGGUACUAUGAUAAGCCUCCCCUGGACGUCAGUCAGACACUGAAGGAGCCCUGCCAAGCCUCUGCACAAAGCAAGGAUCAGCAGGCAGAUGAUAGUGGUGAUCACACCUUCCUCCAAAACCCCAACUCCAAAGGCUCCGCUUCAGGGCAUGCCUAG